UUUCUGUCGAGGCCUACUGAGCGAAGCUUCUCCACAUUCGUCUCUGUACAUCGCCCAACCAACACCACAGCCAUGACUACUCUACUGAAUGCCGACUGUCGCAUCAAAGUGAGUUCAGUCCUGAACCGCGAAACAACCCUCUACGGCAAACAAUUCCUCACAGACAAUAGCGAGGAAACCUGCUGGAACUCUGAAUCCGGGACGCCUCAGUUUAUUGUCGUCGAUUUCGGCCGCAAGGUCCAAAUCGAGUCCCUCCAAAUCAUGUUCCAGGGUGGGUUCGUCGGCAAGACCUGUCAGCUCCUCGCCUGGACUGACGACAGCGAAUUCGUUGAGAUUAUGAAGUUCUAUCCUGAGGACAUCAACCCAUUACAAAUCUUUCCGAUUGCAGUAAACGACCGCAAGAUCACAUCUAGGGUCAAGAUAGUCUUCGAGUCCAGCACAGAUUUCUUUGGACGGAUCACAGUCUACAAACUGGAUAUCCUUGGCCAGGAUGCCUCAUAGGGAUUAGAACAUACACAUAGAAAAAUAAUAGACCCGUCCGCAUUUAUCUGACAAACAAAGAAGUCUUUAAAAAAAU